GUCGAGUCAGUCGUUUGAUGUAAUGCUCGCAUACCCGUUUGGUUUUUGUUUUUAAUCGAGGAUAUAUAAUCAUUUUAUAAUCACCUAUCAGUAAAGUCAUGGAGUGGAGUGAACAGUACGCACAAUCAGUCACAAGUAUUAAGCCUGAGAAUUACGAUAUGGGAUCAGUCAUUAAACCAGAAAGCUUUGAUAUGACUGUUGUUUCUCAAAAUGAUGUUAUUGUCUCUUUGUCAAACGAUGGGGGUACAACAAUUCUUUCUACCGGAGAAAUAAGUAACGGGAGUUUGCAAGUUCCAUCAAGUGAUGGACUUAUAGGUUCUCCAUCAGCAAAAGAAAUUGAACGUUUCAAUAAUCUUUCUGAGGAAGAACUAAAAAACAAAUCCCUUCCUGAUCACUUAAAAGAAGGACUUGAUAUCGUGAUAGUGGGGAUUAAUCCUAGCUUGGCUUCAGCACACGUUGGACAUCAUUAUGCUGGUCCUGGAAAUCAUUUCUGGACAUGUUUGUCACAAGCUGGUUUGGUUCCAAUGGCUGUCAGUUGCUAUGAUGAUUCUAAAAUGUUAGACUACGGUAUCGGAUUCACUAAUGUUUGUACAAGACCAACCAAAGGUGCAGCUGAACUUACACGCAAAGAGAUGAAGGCUGGUGCAGCAAUCAUGCUUGAAAAAAUGAGAAAAUAUAAGCCUAAAAUUGCCGUGUUCAAUGGUAAAGGCAUUUAUGAGGCAUAUGUUGGACAUAAAAAUUUUUGCAUGGGAAGGCAACCAACAACAUUGGAUGGAACAGAUAUAAUCAUAUUUGUAAUGCCUUCGUCUAGUGCACGAUGUGCACAACUUCCACGUGCUGAAGAUAAAUUACCAUUCUUUUUAGCUUUAAGAAAACUACGUGAUUAUGUACGUGGUGAUCUAGCUGAAUUGCCUGAUUCUGAAGUUGUAUUCGCUGAUUAUACUGAAUUUCGUGUUACUCAACCAGAUCCAAAAAGUUUACGUAAAGCUGAACGACGUCGUAAACGUAAAGCUGAAGCAGCUGCAGCCGCUGCAGCUGCUGCAUUAGCUGUAAAUUCUGGUGAUGCCAGUAUGGUGAAUGGAAUUGUUUCUAAUCAAGUGAUAUCUACUGAUGCUGGUGUUAAUGUUACAACAGUUUCACAAGCUUCUAAUAAUGGUUUAUCGCUUGAUGGUAAAAUAAAAUCUAAAUCAAAACGUAAGUAG